GUUUCUUGGAGUCUUAGAGGAAAAAAAUAAAUAAACUUAUCAUUCAUUGCAUUAAUUUGUUGUGAUAAGAAUCAGAUCACAGAAACUAAUAUCUUCAUUCCAAAACUCUUAAAGUUGAGAAGCUUGCACACAAAAGCCACAACCUUACCCUACCCUUCUUGUUCUCCUUCAAAAUUCCCAUACCACACCUCUCAAAGAAAACAAAGAUAAGUGUUUCUGCUAUGUAUGUGGUUCAAAACACUAGGGCAUGUGAAUAGUUGCUUCUGCAAUAACAUCUGCAUAAUCAAGGUGUAACAGCUCCAAAUCCUCUACUGCUCCAACUUUAACCGAUUACUAUUAACUUUGAAAGUGACUGAACCAUACACUGAACUUGUGUUACGAAAAGAUUAAGCCUUUCACAGCAGAUCCAACAUUUCUUUGACAGCAAUAGCACGAUGACUGGCGGAGAGAGGUACCCAGAUUUCUUCAAAGUCUUCCUUCAAGAGCAGCACUCAGAAAGAAUGCUUAUUCCCAAUGCUUUUGUGAAGUUGGAACGGUUACAGGGAAGGAUCCCCGAGGAUGUCCUCCUCAGGAAUAGUAGUGAGAGAGUGUGGCAUGUUAAAACACGGUUUUUUGGGGACAGAUUAUAUUUCGAUGAAGGGUGGAAGAUUUUCCGUGAAGAAAACUGCUUAAGAAAUGUAGAUUUUCUGAUAUUUAGAUAUGACGGGGUUAAUGAGUUCAGGGUCAAAAUCCUUGAAAAAUCAACACAGUGUGAGAAAACUCUGGUAAAGAUGGAGGAGGAGGAGGGGAAUGAAGAAGAGAAAGCAGCACCACAAGAAGUUGAAGAGACAGUGAUAACACAGGAGGAACAAGCUGAGGACCGUGACACAGAGGACGAGGAAGACAGCCAAGAUCAGGACUAUGAUGACGACGACAAUGAUGAUAGUGAUUUUGAUGAGAACACGGAGAUGGAAGAACAGAGUGAAGAAGAAAUCUUCGUUGGUCCUGUUGGAUACACCAGUCAAAGUUAUCGAAAAACUUACAGAAGGGACACUGCAUCAAGUUCCUACCCCCAGACUGAUGACCCUUUCAAAGAAGAGGAAUUUGACCCAGAAACGUGCAUUCAGCCAGAGAAUAAUUUUUUUGAAGCUAAACUCUACAGAAGUAGACCCAACGAAUUGCAUAUUCCGGGAAUCGCCAUUCAAGAUUUUUCUCUCAGUUUUCCUGAAAAGAUUACCCUGAAAUGUUGUCAACACUGCCAGCGAAAGGAUAUUCAGAGAAACAAAUUGCAAGACUAUCAUCUCAACUUGGCACAAGAGACACCUAUCAGAAAAAGAUAUUUAGAAGUGACGGGAAAAGUGUGUAGGUGGCAGGAUGAUAGAAUAUGUAUCAAGGGUUGGGCAAACUUUAGCAGAAGGAACAAGAUAAAAAUUAAUGAUGUAUGCAUCUGUGAAGUUAUAUCAGACGAAGCCCAAGUAGUAAGAACAUUUCUGGUGCACGUUAUAGGUACUAGAAGGGAAUAAACACACAAUCGUCUGCCAGAGAUUUACGCUCUAAAUAUUUUUAGGAAUUAAUGCUUAUAGUUUUCUUUCAUAAUGGUUUCUUCCGUUGACUUGUAAUGGCUACCAUAUUUAUCUAUUAUUGAUUGCACUAUCAUUUAGAUUACACUAUUGCCUGGUUCUUCCUUGGUUUGGAAUUUGGAAUCUUGUUUGUGGACUUAAACUCCACUUGGUUUCUUUGUUACUAGUUGGACAAAUAUAAACUUAACUAUUAUGCCAAUUGGAGAUUGGUGAACCGCUUUGAUGCUUGAGCCAAUGUUCAAAGGCGCUGGAGAUUUGUCACCAAUUUGAUGUUGCUACCAGCCGCAUCUUUAACACGUAAUGCUGCAACUGAGAUUUUCCAGAUUGCAGUCAUCAUGAUCAGUGAUCCCAUUCCUUUAUUUUAAAAGUGGCUAUAUAAUUUGCUGACCAUUUAAAAACAAACUUGCAUUUCCAGAUAAUAUGUUAGUAAACCUUGCAGGGUUCAUUCUAUUUCUGAGGUUCUCAUAUUCGUGAUCAAAAGAUAGUCAACAAGGAGCAUUGGUUUAAGACACGUUGAAAAGAACGAACCCUAUUUUACCCACAAGUCUGUCUUUUCUGUUUACGGUCACUGAACAGAAAAGUUUUGCCUUCUCCCUACCAUCCCAAAUGUGACAUCCAAAAAAUUGCAUAGCAUAUUUCAAGGCAAAAAUAAUAAAGAAAAUAAAGAACAG